GCGUCUAGGAGUGGGGCUAAUGGGCAGAGCCUCGGGGCUUCCAGGGAGGAUGCUCAGCCACAAAGAGCGGCUCGCGCGCCGGCCUGCGCUCUAGGCGAGGAGACGGGGAAGUCCGCCUCGGGCGCGCCCCUCGGAGGACCGGGCCAACAUGCCUGUGCGCAGGGGGCAUGUGGCACCGCAAAACACAUUUCUGGGGACCAUCAUACGGAAAUUUGAAGGGCAAAAUAAAAAAUUUAUCAUCGCAAAUGCCAGAGUGCAAAACUGUGCCAUCAUCUACUGCAACGAUGGUUUCUGCGAGAUGACUGGUUUCUCCAGGCCAGAUGUCAUGCAAAAGCCGUGCACCUGCGACUUUCUCCAUGGGCCUGAGACCAAGAGGCAUGAUAUUGCCCAAAUUGCCCAAGCAUUGCUGGGGUCAGAGGAGAGGAAAGUGGAGGUCACCUACUAUCACAAAAAUGGGUCCACUUUCAUUUGUAACACUCACAUAAUUCCAGUGAAAAACCAAGAGGGCGUGGCUAUGAUGUUCAUCAUUAAUUUUGAAUAUGUGACAGAUGAGGAAAACGCUGCCUCCCCAGAGAGGGUAAACCCAAUAUUACCAGUCAAAACUGUAAACCGGAAACUUUUUGGGUUCAAAUUCCCUGCUCUGAGAGUUCUCACUUACAGAAAGCAGUCUUUGCCACAAGAAGACCCUGAUGUGGUAGUAAUCGACUCAUCUAAACAGAGUGAUGAUUCAGUAGCCAUGAAGCACUUCAAGUCUCCUACAAAAGAGAGCUGCAGCCCCUCAGAAGCAGAUGAUACAAAAGCCUUGAUACAGCCCAGCAAAUGUUCCCCUUUGGUGAAUAUAUCUGGACCUCUUGACCAUUCCUCUCCCAAAAGGCAAUGGGACCGACUCUAUCCCGACAUGCUGCAGUCAAGUACCCAGCUGACUCACUCCAGAUCAAAAGAAAGCAUUUGUAGUAUACGGAGGGCUUCUUCAGUUCAUGACAUAGAAGGAUUCAGUGUUCACCCCAAGAACAUAUUUAGAGACCGACAUGCCAGUGAAGACAAUGGUCGCAAUGUCAAAGGGCCUUUUAAUCAUAUCAAGUCAAGCCUCCUGGGAUCCACAUCAGAUUCAAAUCUCAACAAAUACAGCACCAUUAACAAGAUUCCACAGCUUACGUUGAAUUUCUCAGAUGUCAAAACUGAAAAAAAGAAUGCAUCCCCUCCUUCUUCAGAUAAAACCAUUAUUGCACCCAAGGUUAAAGAUCGAACACACAAUGUGACAGAGAAAGUCACCCAGGUUCUCUCUUUAGGAGCAGAUGUCCUGCCAGAGUAUAAACUGCAGACCCCACGCAUCAACAAGUUUACAAUAUUGCACUACAGCCCCUUCAAGGCUGUCUGGGAUUGGCUUAUUCUGCUAUUGGUCAUAUACACUGCUAUAUUCACGCCCUACUCCGCAGCCUUUCUCCUCAAUGACAGAGAAGAACAGAAAAGACGAGAAUGUGGCUAUUCUUGUAGCCCUUUGAAUGUGGUGGACUUGAUUGUGGAUAUUAUGUUCAUCAUAGAUAUUCUAAUAAACUUCAGAACAACAUAUGUAAAUCAGAAUGAAGAAGUGGUAAGUGAUCCAGCCAAAAUAGCAAUACACUACUUCAAAGGCUGGUUCCUGAUCGAUAUGGUUGCAGCAAUUCCUUUUGACUUGCUGAUUUUUGGAUCUGGUUCUGAUGAGACAACAACAUUAAUCGGUCUUCUGAAAACAGCUCGACUCCUUCGUCUUGUGCGAGUGGCCCGGAAACUUGAUCGAUAUUCAGAAUAUGGAGCUGCUGUUCUAAUGCUCUUAAUGUGCAUAUUUGCCCUGAUAGCUCACUGGCUGGCUUGCAUUUGGUAUGCAAUUGGAAAUGUAGAAAGGCCCUACCUGACUGACAAAAUUGGAUGGUUGGAUUCGUUGGGACAACAAAUUGGGAAACGUUACAAUGACAGUGACUCAAGUUCUGGACCAUCCAUUAAAGACAAAUACGUCACUGCACUUUAUUUUACCUUCAGCAGUUUAACCAGUGUAGGAUUUGGGAACGUGUCUCCUAACACCAAUUCGGAGAAAAUCUUUUCAAUCUGUGUCAUGUUGAUCGGCUCACUAAUGUAUGCAAGCAUUUUUGGGAAUGUAUCUGCAAUUAUCCAAAGGCUAUACUCGGGAACUGCCAGGUACCACAUGCAGAUGCUUCGAGUAAAAGAGUUCAUUCGCUUUCACCAAAUCCCCAACCCCCUGAGGCAACGGCUUGAAGAAUAUUUCCAGCACGCAUGGACGUACACCAAUGGCAUUGACAUGAACAUGGUCCUAAAGGGCUUCCCAGAAUGUUUACAAGCUGACAUUUGUCUACAUCUCAACCAGACUUUGCUGCAAAACUGCAAAGCCUUUCGGGGGGCGAGUAAAGGUUGCCUUAGAGCUUUGGCAAUGAAGUUCAAGACAACCCAUGCACCUCCAGGAGACACCCUGGUUCACUGUGGGGAUGUCCUCACUGCACUUUAUUUCCUAUCCAGAGGCUCCAUUGAAAUCCUCAAAGAUGACAUUGUGGUAGCUAUUCUGGGAAAAAACGAUAUCUUUGGAGAAAUGGUUCAUCUUUAUGCUAAACCGGGGAAGUCUAAUGCGGAUGUGAGAGCUCUUACAUACUGUGACUUGCAUAAGAUCCAGAGAGAAGACUUGCUAGAAGUUCUGGAUAUGUAUCCUGAGUUUUCCGAUCACUUUCUCACAAAUCUAGAGUUGACUUUUAACCUAAGACAUGAGAGUGCAAAGGCUGAUCUCUUACUACGAUCACAGUCCGUGAAUGAUUCUGAAGGAGACAACUGUAAACUACGAAGAAGGAAAUUCUCAUUCGAUAGUGAAGGAGAUAAAGAUUUUGGCAAAGGGAACAGUACGAAUGGUCCUGAAGACUCUAUAGAUACCAUAAGACAUUAUCAGAGUUCCAAGAAACACUUUGAAGAGAAAAAAAGCAGAUCUUCAUCUUUCAUCUCCUCCAUUGAUGAUGAACAAAAGCCUCUCUUCUCAGGAAUAGUAGAUUCUCCUCCAGGAAUGGGGAAAGCAGCUGGACUCAAUUUUGUGGAAGGAGGGCCCACCUCAGGAAGAAUUCACAUAGAUAAAAGAAGUCAGUCUUGCAAAGAUAUUGCUGACACAGGAAGCUGGGAACGAGAAAAUGCACAGACUGGGGCUGAGGAGUCUAGUCCCUCAGGACUUCAGCGAGCUGCCUGGGGGAUCUCUGAAACCGAAAGUGACCUCACUUAUGGGGAAGUGGAGCAAAGAUUAGAUUUGCUUCAAGAACAACUUAACAGACUUGAAUCCCAAAUGACUGCUGACAUCCAGACCAUCUUACAGUUGCUACAGAAACAAACCACCGUGGUCCCCCCAGCCUACAGCAUGGUAACUGCUGGAGCCGAGUAUCAGAGACCGGUCAUCCGCCUGAUGAGAACCAGCCCCCCCGCAGCAUCCAUCAAGACGGACCGAAGUUUCAGUCCUUCCUCACAAUGUCCUGAAUUUCUAGACCUUGAAAAAUCUAAACUUAAAUCCAAAGAAUCCCUCUCAAGUGGGGUGCAUCUGAACACAGCUUCAGAAGACAACUUGACUUCACUUUUAAAACAAGACAAUGAUCUCUCUUUAGAGCUUCACCCUCGGCAAAGAAAAACUUACCUUCAUCCAAUUAGGCAUCCUUCUUUGACAGAUUCAUCCCUAAGCACUGUAGGAAUCUUGGGUCUUCAUAGGCAUGUUUCUGAUCCUGGUCUUCCAGGGAAAUAAUCAUUUUGUACUAUUUACUCACAUACAAUGUAAGUGCUUUUAAUGGCUGUUUUCCUUUUUUUGUAUUUAAAUCCUCUCUACUUGACUCAGGGGCUCACAAGUUACCAUUAUAUGCAAAAGUACUGUAUAUUUUCCUAAAUUGAAGCUUGUAAGGUAAAAUUGAGCAAUUAGGAUGUAAAUAUACAUAUGAACUCUUUUGUUCCAAAUGUUAAAACUGCCAGCAUCUCAAGGCAUCUUAUUAUUAUUUUUUUUAAAUCAUGUGCAUGUUAGGAAACUCCAAUUUCUCUUGCAUGGAGACUCCUACUUACUACUUUUACUACCCCAGUAUUUUGUUAUGAAAAUGCCUUCCAAGCAAGUAAGAAACCAAGGAAUAACAUUGCUCAUGGAUGCAAAUCAGAUGAUCCUCAACUCAUGGAAGUUCCAGGGGGAGAAAAGGAGCUUAGUCACUUUGAGAACAGAUAGAUACCCUUCUGUAUCAACAUGUUUCUAGUUACAUUCAUGUCACCACACUGAAAAAAAAAAAAAAGUUUUAGAGUUCUAAAUCUCUGAUCACGUAGGGAGUCAUCUCCUAAUACACGAAUAUAGGCCAGCUUUAAUGAGGACAAAAAGGCCUUUCUAUUUAAAAUUCUGUCUCUAACUUAAUUUACAAACUACCUAAAAUAUUUCGCACUGGCACAUUUCCUUGAACAUUUAGAAACAAGUUUUUCGUCAUUUUUCUUUCUUUUUUUUUUUGUGAGGUGGGGAGGGAGUCUUCUCAAGAACUGCUAAAGCAUGAGUGACGUACACAGCUUUGCUCUGAUUCAUAUUUUAGUGCAAUCCUGAACUGGAUCAAAAGAGUGAACGCACAUAGAUCUUUUUAAAAAAUGUGCAACCUAGUGGAUGUGCAUGGUAAAACUAGCUUCCAUGUUGUUCCAUGGUUUUCUUAUCCCAGCUGUGGAAAACCCAUGUGCUUUUACCUGCCGGUAAAGAAAAAAACACACCAGCAGUAAAAUUUCAGUUUUGUUCAGUUAUUCAAACACGUAUGAAAAUGUAUUAUUUAUCAUUGGGAUCAAUAUAUUUGAGCCCCAGAAUAUCAGAACAUAUGAUGGAAUGUAUGUCAGUGUCUUUAACUGUUCGAUUUUUUUGGAGGGAGGAUAUGCCUCUCAGAAAAUUGAGAUAUGGAAAAAAAUUGCAAGAAUCCGAUUUGUCAAUUUUUAGUCAAGUUUUAUUUCUCAAUUCAUCUGAGUACAAUUUUAAACUUCUUAUGGGCUUGCUCAUUAUAUCCUGCCCUAACAAAAUUUUGAAAUUCUUGCAAGUUUCUUCAUUCUUUAAUAAUUCUUAUACUCGCAUAUAUUUUUAAAGAUAUUAUAUCUGUGCGCAUUAUUAAAUGGAUUAAUUUCUAUCCCAAGGGAUAGAAAUCUAAUCUGUUGACUUACUUUCACCUCUGACACUAAUAGUUUCAAAUAUAAGCAACUCAUUUACAUUUACAAAGCGGUUGCACUAUUUAAAAUAUGAUUAAAGUGACCUUAAGUUGCUCCCUAUGCAAUUUUAAAUGGUCACAUGUGUGGGAGGCAGUCUGUAGGCAUGAGCAAAUUCGUAUCCCUGCUAAACAUUUGAAAAAGCAAAACAAGUAUGUAUGGCAAAAUGAUCAGUCCAUUCGAUAAAAAACAGAACAACUUAAGCUAGCUUCCCAAACCAUGUGGUGUUGAUGUAGUUACACAUGUAGGGACUAACUGAUGCUUUCCUUCUUUGAUUCAACAAACACUUGUGUGUGCCUAGCAGGGGGAAAGAAAUGGCUAACUUGGAUUCAGAGGACUAUUUAGGGAUUUUAUAUCCAUUUUUAGGCACAUUUUUGCAGCUGCAACAAAUUCCAUAAGGAUUGCCAGCCUAAGCUCCAGGGAAAUUCAGAAUGAAUUUAUCAGAGACUGUUCAUCUGUAGGGAGCGAGGAUUUGGAGCUGAGGAAUUUAAUCCUGAUUGUUGGAUUAGUGAAUGCUUCAGCGGCAACAUUAGUAUGACAUGUGUAAAAUUCAGCAUUCCAUGUAAAGCCUUCAUACUUCUCUAUAAAAACUAAGCAUGAAGGCAUGGGAAGAUGAGGAAUAGUGUACAAGUAUUCAGCUUGUUUAAAUUCUAGCAUAACACAAACUUUUUUCCUCUAAAUUCCUUGACAUAAAAGAAUUGCUUGAUAUUACACUCUAAGUCUCAGAGAAUUAGACAGGAUUAAGAAGGUCCCCUCUUAUAGGAUCCUAGCAUACAAAGAACCUAAACAAUUUAAAGAUGUAGUUAGUGAGACAGAAAUGUCAGAGGCUCAAUGGUUAAAAUGACUUAUGGAUGACCAAAGCAAUUCUCUGUAGUUACAAAAUCCAUCUCCUUGUCCAAGCCAGAGGUCUAAUGCCUAAAGUCAUUGUCACUUUUCCCUUGGGCUGUAGCAAACAAUCUGAUCCCUUCAUGUGGGAAUCCUCCCGAAAGGCAGGAUUAAGGCUACAGCCCAUUAUAGCAGUAUAGCAGUGCUCUCCUUCUAGGUAAUUAGAAACACUAACAAAACUCCUUUUGUUUCCAACUAAAAUCUUUACCUGGUUCCCAAGCCUAAAUAAAAUGCCAUCUAAAAUCUGAAGUUACCUGAGUGACAAAUUUUCCCACUGUUAUUAAUUGCUGGGCAGAGAGCUGGAAGUAUCAUUUAACCCCAUAGGGGAGUCCCAUGUUCUAAUUAGUUGAUAAGGAAACUACAGAUGAAAAAUGCUGAAGCAAUGUCCUUGCAGGAUUUUUAAAUUAAUAAUCACUCAUUCAACCAACAUGAGAAGGCAGAGGCAAAUUUGGGAUAGCCUAGUUUUUUAGGUCCAUGAUAACGGAUUGGUCAUCAGAGAUGAAUCCUCCCACUGUCCCAGUCAGAAGAUAUGGAAACUACUUGGUGUGAGGUUGAGUACGUAUGUAUGAGAGUUGCUUACAGAUCUUUUUUGAAGUUUUAUCUUUAGCAAUGGUUCCAAAAUGCCUAAAAGAACAAUGUCCUUAACUAAACGUUUUAAAAUUCCCAUCAUAUAUUAUCAAAGGUUAAAAUUUAGCACCUCAUCAGCAUAUCUAAAAUAAUCAUUCUUACAGCAUCUUUCCUUUGAAGGCUUUUCAUGGUUAAAAAAAGAGAGAAAAUGUAGUAGAUCUAGUUAUUAAAAAUGAAUCACAGCACCGACUAAUUUAUAAUACAGUAGUCUUUAAACUGCUUAUUUGUGGUUAAAACGAAAAGUAGAUCAAUAUAUUUGAGUAGAUUUCUUAUUGCAAAUCAAAAUUUUUAUAAAUUACAAAAAACUUCAAAUGUUAUUAGAUUUCUAAUCAUAUUUUUGCAGUACAACAAAUGUGUCUGUCAUGUGAGUUAGAGGCACUUGGAAGACAAGCUGGUCUUCACAUGUAGUCCUAGAAUAGCAGUACUAACACCUUCGGGGAACAUGCUACAAAUGGAUAUUGUUGGGCCCUACCCAGACCUACUGAGUCAGAAACUCCAGGGGUGGGACCUGGCAAUAAUCUUUUAACAAGUUCUCCCCUAUAUCAUCCUAGUAAACAUAAGAACUUUGAGAAUCAUCAAUGUAGAGCAUGGGCUCUGCAGUCAGACCAACAUGGGUCUCAGGAUGAGUUCUUUCAUUAAUAGCUGUGUGACCCUGACCAAUUUAAUAAGGUCCCUGAGUCCUUUUCCUGAAUUUGUAAAAAUGAGAUACCUGUCUCAAGAAACUUAAGGAAGAAAUGAGAGAACAUGUAGUAAAGUGCCUGGCACAAAGUAGGUGCCCCCAAAACUCUAGACUCUUUGAUUCUCAUCUAGGAACAUGAUAUUAAAAACAAUCAGGAAAACAAAUUAGCUUUUAUGUAAUGUGCUAUAUGUCUCCAGCUAAAUAGCCAUUACCAAGACUGAGGUUUUUGAUUCAGAACACACAAGUGUAGUUAUUUUCUCCAAUUGUAUUUUGCACUAUUAGGUUUAUAGCUUUAAAGUAAUACUUACUAUUUAUAAUAACAGCGAGAGUAUGAAUGUCAUUGUUACAAACCUAUCUACCCUGAAUCAGUGUGAAAUGCCAGGUAUGCAAGGUGAUCUGUGAAUUCAGUACUAGUAGAAUGUGGUCUGUAAAGACUAGCUCACCGGGAAAGCCUCUCUUUAGAUCCACGAUAUAGUUCCCACAUGGAUAUUGGAAAAUGCAUUUUCAAAACACACUCUUAAAGGAAAGUACACUUUUUUUUUUCUUCAGAAAAACAGAAUUGAUAGUUGUAGUGGUUCUUUGCAGGCAUCUAGGCCCACACUGCCAUGCACAGAUACGUCAGGCAGCCAGCCUAAGUCCAGUGUGCAGUGGUAGAAAUGGCAAGACUCAAUGUGGUACACCUGAAUUAAAAUCCUACCUUCUCCACUUACUUUCAAGACAAACUCUCAGUGAGCCAGGAGCCAAAACUAUAGAGGGACAGUCUUAAAUAUCUUGAGAGGUGUUGAGGAGCCUCUGAAGCAUAUAUGUGGAAGUGCCCUGUACACCAUUAAGCACCAUGUAAGGGUAAGGUCAUUAUGUAACACGUGUAUCAUUACAAUACGGUGCUAUUAUGGUGGAAAUGCCAUAGCAUGACCUAGGUCUUCUGAAAUCCUCCCAUGGCGCUUUCCUCUACCCGACAGCAUUUUCACUCUGUGACAAAAAUCUCUAGUGAUUCUCACAGCACUCUCAAAGACCCAGUUAGUCAGAGAAGGAGAACACCAGUGCUAGGGAUGCUACCACAGCAUCCCAGGAUUUGUCAAAUCUUGCCCUUGUCCAAUACCGAUAGCAUUAUAUGUUUGCGUUGCAAUUGUCUUCUAGGUAUGCAAUAGCUUCCCCCUCCCUCCCUCCUAACUUCUUAAGGGUUCUCAUUCAACGCUACUUUCUCUGGCUUCCAUUUAACUUACAAUGAAGUGAUGUUAACAUUUUAAAAACUAAAAGGAUGUUUUAAAAUGCUCUAUAAAGUAUUAGUUGUUGUGACUGAUCAGUGCCUGAGCUUAGAUUCAUUACAGGUUGUGGUACAAAUACACCUUACUCUAAGAAUAUGCAAUACAGAAGAGAAAAUUCACAGGAAGACAUGAAUUAUUAAUGAUUGACGGCAUGAAAAGAAAGCAUUGCAAGGCUUAUUUAUAUAAACUAUUAAGCAGAGGUGGAGAAAGAUGACUAAUAAGUUAUUUAAAACUAAUACAUUAUUACUAUGAAUAGACAGAUAACAUAUUUAUAGGAAUGCAAUGUUAAGAACACAGAACUAUACAAUUGACCAAUUUCAUUCUUCUAGCAAUCAUAAUCAAACUUUUAAAUGAGAGUAGCAAGUAUUAUAGAAAUGCUCCCAAUAAAAUAUUUUUAUUAUGAGAAGUGGCAAAAUUAGCAUGGUUAUUCUUGAAGAGCUAAUGUCAAAACAGCUGAAUUCCUAAAUUGUAGUCAUGACGUUUGUUACUUCCAUUAGUUAAUUUAAGAGAUACAAAAUAAUUUGGUACACAUACGGUUUUAUAGCACUGUAUGUUUAACCUGUAUUUUUUAUACUUCCCUUGUGCAUACUGCUUUUAGAUUGAACAUAAUCAUACCUGUUAGCAUUUAAACCAUAUCUUUUUUUUUGUACUCAUGUUAUAUUAAGUAUUUUGAUUACAUGUUAGAAAAUUCCACACCAUUUCAUCAUCCUUAUUUAUUUAGGAGUAAAAUUCAAGGAUCAGUACUAUCUUAUAAUUACCUCCUCUGUAGUUUCUUCAAAAUGCCUCUACAAUUACAACACUGAAAUUAUAUGACACCCUUUUCCCCAAAUAUUAAAAAAAUAAACAUACUGAGGAAUCCCUAGUUUUCAUCUCCUAGGCACCCGAUUUUAAUGAAAGACACAUUUACCUGCUUUUAGCUGAAAUUUGCAUUCUAUGAUUUUAGAUAGGAAAAUGUACAUCAGAAUGUUUGCCAGUUGAGUACAUUUCAAAAAAUGUGUGUUAUCACAUGAAAAUUUCCGUCAUCUGAUACAAAGAAGCUCACUCACAUUGGUUAAGUAGUAAGUACCUUGGAAUGCUUUAAACGUAAUGAAACAUUCUACCAAAACAUUCUUUUUCCUUGUCUUUAUGCACAUAAUGUAGCAUGAAAUCAUGAUGCUUUUGAAAUAAUCUGUGCAGAAAUAUUUAUUUUUUAGCAAAUAUUUUCUUCAAAGAUUGGUAUGUGGUAUUGACAGUGUAAUCUACUUGCACAACUAGUUUUGCAAUAACCUACAAGUAACUGUAAAUAAGAAAAAUGUAAAUUUCAUGUAAAAAUGGUUGCAAAUUUUUGGUAGCUAAAAGUGUACAAGUUGUAUUGAAAAUAUAGUAUAUAUACAUAAUUUAAGAAUGAAGCAUAUAAUUUCUGAUCUAUUUAUAUGAAAAUUCAAGAAUUUGUAAAAGAAAUUAUUUUGGGGAAAAGAAAGUAAAUCUCAUUAGCUAGUUAGAAUACUUUUAUUAGAGAAGCCAACUAUUUCCAACAUUUUACUAGGCAUAGUGCUAGAUAUAGGCAUGGUGGUGCUGAUGUAUUUCAUGAAAUCUCAUAAUUGUAACAGUGCUACUACAGUUUUACUGAGUUCCACUGGGGCAUCAGUAAACUGGAUUGAAUGGUAAAAAGCAGUAAAUCUAAAAUUAAAGAAACAUAAAAACACUUCUUAUUGGCUAUCAAGAACAUAAUGGUAAUUUACUGAAACAUUUAUGUUUCACGACUUAAGAUUUCCGAUAACUAAGCAGGCUUCAAAUUACAUGGGACAUAAAUUUUGUAUAAUGUGUACAUGAUUCAUUUUUUUCACCGAGAAUGGAAAAUCCAGAUAAUAUUAUUUUCAUUUGCCUAAGUUUCAUAUACACUUAAUUUCUAACCCCCUCAGAAUCGUUUAUCUGUUAUUUUAUUUUUUUUUGAAAAUCCAACUAUCUUCAGAGAAAUCUUUUCAAUAAAAUGUGUUGGUCAUAAUGUGGCAUUUUCUAAACUAAAGGCUAUUUGGUCCUUUUAAUGGCUAAGAUUCCCCACCAUUCAUUUUUUUCAGGUUUAAAAACCCAAGAGAACAUUUCCCUAUUUAAUAAAUGAAAAACCAAAUCAAAUAUAGAUUAGCAGAAAGCAAUAUACUGGUAUCUUUAAGUGAGGUUGAUUAGAAAAUGAGAAUCAAAGAUCAAAGUAUGAAUAAGCUAAUAAUUUAACAACUUAAAAUCUCUUGCCGUAAGAUAAAUUUGGGGGUGACGCAUUUAGAUAGCUUUGGGAAAUUAAAUAUCCAUCUAAAAGUUCAGCUAAUCCUAAUUUUUUUUAAAUGGCCUAUCAUUUUCAAAAGAAUAUGGAUCUUUAUUUAGUAUGUUUCUGGAACAUUCAUACCUGUUCAGGUUACCCUCUGAAAUUCCAGUGAUCACAGCAAGAUAAGUGAUUAAAUACAGCCAGCUAAAAUGCCAAUGACUGCAUGUAUCUAUAAAGUACAUAUUUAUAUUUUCAUGCUUAAGGGAAAAUGUUGGGACACCCCCCCCCACACACACAUGCAUACAAUGUAUCUGAAGAUACUAAUUCCUGGCAUACUUGUGUCUGAAUAUAGCUAUUAAAUGACAUAGCCCAAUUCUCAUUUUCUGUAAGCUUUCCAAAUGGCCAGCAUCUCUGACACUGUGGAAGGGGCACACCUGGAAAUAAAAGUAGCACAUCGGCAAUGACCCUCUUCAUCCCCUAACUGUAUGGCACAUCAUAGUAAUGUAGGAGUGCUGCCAAUGUCUACUUGCUGUAUAUUCAGAUACACAAAAGCACAUUUGAGUUUUGAAUGCUCGCAAAAUAAUACACAAAGCUGCAAAUUACCAAGCUACCUGGGUAAAAGGAAUAUUAAGUAAUAUAAGGUUCUUUUCUUCAUAUGCCAGUAAAAUAUGUUUUUUAAAACAAGUAGAAAAAGACAUGGCAAGAAACACUUAAAAGCACAGAUUUCCCAGCAUCCAAAUAAUGAGUUGAUAGUGAGUCAGAAAUUUUUCAUUAAGUAUCCUAGUGUUUUGCUGGAAAGUAGUUUUGUGCUCAGUUUUCUAAAUUACAGGAAAAAAUUAACUUAAUAUAUGGACAUAUGUGAUGUUAUAACCUUAUUCUAGUCUACAAAUUGCCUAAACAGUAUUCGUUUAAAAUCCUCUCUGCAUUCAUCACUAUACCAGAAGCUCUAAAUAUUUGUUUUUUUCUUUGUAUCAUCUAAUUUUAUUAUAAAGUCUAGACAUAUUCUUAGGUGAUAGCUUAGCAUAGUACAUUUAUUUCAAAGUACUUACAAGACCAAAAAAAAUGUGAUUUUUAAAUACAAGUUUCAAAGUACUAAAAUACCUGUGGUUGUAUUUUAAAAUUUAAGAGAAAAAAAAUCCUAACCUGAAAGCAGUCUUGGAUUUUUACUCACUAAAUAUAAUUAUCAGACUUUCACAAAUGUAUUCCUACUAAGUUCCCAGAAAAGUGUUACAAAUAGGAGAAAACAUAUCAUCUAUGAAUCUGUCGAUCAUAAAACGACAAAAGAAAAGCACAUUUCUGACAAACAGUAUGUAUUUAGUUUGUCCAGUUUAGUAAUGCCAGAAGAGUACAGUGAACUUGAUUUGUAUAUUUUACUUAAAUUGAUUUUUUUGUCACUUUUUAAAUUGCACAGACUUUCAACUACAUUAAUAAAUUCUACUUUCUUCCAGGGUGAAUACCUUUUCUGGAAAUAAACAUAUCGUUUGACAUUUUUAAAUUACUUUUUGUUUCUGAAUGCAUGCCUAAAUAGAUCAAAUGAGCACCGUCCUUGAAAUUACACUUAAAGUGGACCAAAUUAAGAUUCCAAUAGUAUUGAUUUCCCCUUGAUGUAAUUUAACAUGUGUAAACUGCCACUCAAAAUAGAAGUGCAAUACCUGACAUUUAAUCAUUUGGCAGUGUUUUAGGCAUAGGCGAAUUACUGCACUGUUAUUUGAACUGAAGCAUCUCAUAUGUGUAACAGAUUUUGUAUGAUACAAAACUUUACAGCAAGCUAUUUGAAUGUUUAUUAAAAAAUUCUCAAAAUGACAUGGAAACAUGUUUACUGUAUAAAUAAAAGCACUUAGAUGUUAA